UUUGUUUAAUAAAUUAUUUAUUAAAAUGGAUGAAAUUAAACUAAGCGAUGAUGUACUUGAACAAAUAAAAGAUUUUGAUAGAUAUGGCCGCUUGACUGAAGAACAAAAAUCAUUAAUUGAUAAACUAAUAACAGACAAAGAAUUAAAAGAACGUUAUAUAAAAUAUGGUUUAUGUAACUUUUGUAAACAGCCUGAAACUAAUAUUGGAUAUUGUCGGGCAUGUAAUUCACAACGUUUUAAACAAAAUUUCAAGAAUUGGACAAGUGGAAAUCAUGAUGUUGAUGAGUUUAUCCAAAAAGUACAAUUAAAAGCCACUAAAGAUACCCUAAUUAUAGAGUGGAUUGAAUAUGAUAACUUUAAAGAUGUUGAAUAUUUAGCAAAAGGGGGAUUUGGAGCUACUUUUAAAGCAGUUUGGAAAGAUGGUUUUAUUGGUUGCUGGCGUGAUGAUAUUAAUCGAUGGGGGAGAGCACCGAUGUCAGAAGUUGCUUUAAAAUGUUUAUAUAAUUCACAAGGCAUUACGGCAGAUUUUUUAAAAGAAAUUGAAUCACAUAUUUUGGUAUAUAAAAAUAAUACUGCUUUGGAUUUUAUAGUUCGUUGUCAUGGUAUUACCAAAGAUCCAAAAACAAAUAAUUUUAUGAUGGUGAUGGAUUUAAAACAUAGAAGUUUAAGGCAACAUUUAAAUAACUAUUUCAUUUCAACGAAUUGGUACUCAAAAUUGUGGAUUUUACGUAGUAUUGCAUCUGGUCUUAAAGAAAUUCAUAACAAAGGAUUAAUUCAUCGUGAUUUUCAUAGUGGAAAUAUAUUAACCAGCCAUACUGAAGGUACUUGUGCUUAUAUUACUGAUUUGGGACUAUGUCAACCAGCAAAUGUCAAAUCCAAUAAAAAUAGUAAUAAAAAAAUAUAUGGAGUAUUACCUUAUGUAGAUCCAGAAGUUUUAAGAGGAAAAGAAUAUACGCAAGCAAGUGAUAUUUAUGGAUAUGGAAUUAUUGCAUAUGAAAUUUGUACAGGGCUUCCUCCUUAUUAUAAUAUUGCUCAUGAUGGAUUCUUAGCUAUUCGAAUCUGCCAAGGACUUAGGCCAAAAUCUGACUAUAAAACUCCUCAAUUAAUUUUUGACAUUAUUAAUCAAUGUUGGGAUGCAGACCCUUUAAAACGACCUAAUGCAGAUGAAUUAUUUACAUUAAUGGAGGAUUUAUGGGAUCCUGUUUAUCGGAAUAAAGUGGAUUCUGUAAUUUAUAGGCAAUUAGAAGAAACAGAUGAUAUUAAUAAAAAGUUAUCAUCUUCAAUGGUUCAAUUACCAUUAUCAUCUGCUAGUAAUCUCUUAUAUACAACACAUCCUCAAGCAGUUUAUACAAGUAAACUUUUGGAUUUUAAAAAUCUUCCAGAAUCCAAAAAUGCAGACAAUGAUGAUUUGGAAUGUUCAGAAUUCUUAUUAACAAAUGAUUUAACUGAACUUAAUAUUAAUUAUAUUAAUUUUAAAGAUAAAGAAAAUUAAAACCCAUUUACUUUAAUUGAAAAUAUUUAACAUGCAGUUUACCCUUAUUAUAGUAAAUCCAUAAAUAAAAUUCAUUAUAGUAAGAAAUUCACUAUAUUGAAGGUCAUUUUAUUAUAUAUAAAAAAA